GAACAGCACUUCGCCUCCGGUGUCUCCUGUUUCGAGAGGCCGUGAAGCAGCACCCCCAGCACACGCACGCACCUCGCCUUCUCCUCACCCCGCUGUCAUCACUUUGGCUCCCCUUUGCCGCCCCCACCACCCCAGCUGGGUGCCAUAGAGGACGAGGACCUUCGUCCACCAGUGGCGGGGCCUGACACACAGUCAGCCGCGGAAACAUUCCAAGAAGGACCAGAGAUCCUUAUUCCAGGGGAUCCCCACCCUACACCUGAUGACCUAGAGGCUGAGAGCCUAAGUGGCUUGCCCACGGUCACACCAGCCAACCUCGUUAGACCCCACAGUCCAAGUUCUUGAACCCUGGCUUGGUAUCCUUGGGUUUCCCUGAUGCUGUUGCCCAGGGCAGGUGGGCAUGUGUUGGGCAGUGGGUGUUGGGCAGCCCCAGACCCUCCGGCCAGGAGGCAGCACCCAAGUUCCCCAGCAGGCGGCUUCCAGCUCACCUCCUCGUGGAUUGGCGGCCCCCCCCCCCCACAAACUCCAGCAGUAGACACCGUGCUUAUCUGUGGGAGAGGAGUCCCGCCAUGGCCUGAGGAAGCAGCCCCAGAGACAUGGGUUUGAUUCCCUGCUCUCCCACUUAAGCUGUGUGACCAUGGGCAAGUGACUUACCCCCUCUGAGCCACCGGUUGCUGACCCAGGGUCUGCGGGCUGGUGGUUUCCCUGUGACACAACUAAGCUAUGGUGCAGUGCCCCAGAGGGCUUCUGCACCAGACCCACGAAGCAGGCCAUCCCAUCCUGUCUCCUGUCUCUGAGCAGCACCACCUGGAAAACCUCAGAGGAGAGCCCCAUCCUCAUCCCGAAUGUGUCCCCUUCUGAAGGUGCUGGCCCAGUCAGAUUCCAGUGUAAAACCUCAGAAAAACAGCCUCCCCUCCCGUGGAGCUGGAAGCCAGAUACCCUGGGGGCCAUGCAGAAGUCGGGGGCUGGGGGCCGCAGGGCCUCUGACUGCGGGCUGGCCCCUCACCGGCCCAGGUGCAUCACCAAGUUUGCCCAGUACGUGGGCUCCUUCCCCGUGGACGACCUGGACACCCAGGAGAGCGUGUGGCUGGUGCAGCAGCAGCUGUGGGCGCUGAAGGACUGUCCCCGACGCCGUGCCGUCAUCCUGAAAUUCAGUCUGCAGGGUCUCAAGAUCUACAGCGGGGAGGGUGAGGUGCUGCUGAUGGCGCACGCUCUGAGGCGCAUCCUCUACUCCACCUGGUGCCCCGCCAACUGCCAGUUUGCCUUCAUGGCCCGAAACCCACGGAGCCCAGCCAGCAAGCUCUUCUGCCACCUCUUCAUGGGCAGCCAGCCAGGAGAGGUCCAGACCCUGCACUUGCUCCUGUGCCGCUCUUUCCAGCUGGCUUACCUCUUGCAGCACCCUGAGGAGCGGGCCCAGCCCGAGCCCUGCCCAGGGCCCGCAGGGGAGGUGUCUCUCAAGCCACUGUCCAGUUCUGGAGGUCCCUCUGGGGGCUUGGUGCGGGAGCCCUUUGGUCGCCAUCAGCUCUCUCAGAAUGUUCACGCGCUGGUCUCCUUCCGGCGGCUACCAGCAGAGGGGCUGGUGGGCAGUGGGAAGGAGCUGCCAGAGUCGGAAGGCCGUGCCCGCCAUGCCCGCCUGGGGAAUCCCUACUGCUCACCCACGCUGGUGCGCAAGAAGGCCAUUCGCAGCAAGGUGAUCCGCUCGGGGGCCUACCGCGGCUGCACCUACGAGACCCAGCUGCAGCUGUCGGCUCGGGAGGCCUUUCCUGCCGCGUGGGAGGCCUGGCCACGGGGUCCUGGGGGCCAUGCAUGCCUGGUGGAGAGCGAGGGCAGCCUGACAGAGAAUAUCUGGGCCUUCGCUGGCAUCUCCAGGCCCUGUGCCCUGGCCCUGUUACGGAGAGACGUGCUUGGGGCCUUCUUGCUGUGGCCUGAGCCGGGUGCCAGCGGCCAGUGGUGCCUGUCCGUGCGCACGCAGUGCGGUGUGGUGCCCCACCAGGUCUUCCGGAACCACCUGGGCCGCUACUGUGUGGAGCACCUGCCGGCGGAGUUCCCCAGUCUAGAGGCUCUGGUGGAGAACCACGCGGUUACCGAGCGCAGCCUCUUCUGCCCCCUCGACAUGGGCCGCCGGAAUCCUACCUACGAGGAGCAGGACUGUGGGCCCCCAGGCAGGCCGCCCCGGACUCUCCGGCCCCUCAGCCAUGCCAAAUCUGAGGCAGAGCUGCAGGGCUUGGGCUAAGAGGUAGGGCCCCGUCCCACAGGCCCCGCCGCUCCCUGGCUCCGGGGCCCCAGCAGCCUCUCUGCCCAUCUUGCACCCUCUGGUCGCCAGUUCCAUCCAGUCACCCUGCCCUUGGAGCAGUCUCCAUCGCUUCACUGUCCGUGGGAGGGGCACCCUGAGGUUGGGUAUCACCACUGGCUUCUCGCAGAACGUGGGGCCCGCUGAGAUUCCAGGAGGGCAGGUGGAGUCGCAGGCAUGAGCCGGAUAAGCUGUCGGGUGGCUUCGGAUGCUGGGACUUCUGGGCUUCCGCUUUGUCCUGGGCCAGGAGUCUGUUCAUGGCAGAGGUGCGGCCCUCCCCUAAGGAGGCCAGGCCUUGGGGCCUUGACUGGAAGUCUCCAGAAAGCUCAUGAGACGAGUGAGAGUGGGGGGCUUGGGGAGGCAGCAGUGAGUUCUCACUCUGGGCAAAGACCUGGGGGAGCCGCCCUGUCCCUGAGCAGAGACCGCUCUGUGGAGCUUGUGGCCAGGAGGCUGGGGCCAAGCCCCAUCCGGGCUGACAGAGCAGGGCUGUGUCUGAGAGCGAAGGAUGGGUGGGAGCUGCAGAGAGGGCAGGAGGGACAGAGCAGUGCCCAGUGCUCACGCCGGGGCGGUGGGGGGGGGCCUCCUGUGUGCAGAAAGCAACGCGCACCAGCAGACAGGCCGAAGCUCUCCAUGCCGGCUCCACCCAAACCUCAGUGCUGUGCUUCCUUCUCUCUCAGAAGGGAGGCCCAGGCUCACACUCUACCCAGGAAUCACCAGGACACCCCCACCCCAGCUCACUUCCUUUAGCCAUUCCACAGGCAGGGGCCGGCAGUGAGCUGCAGGUUUAGAGGGGUGGCCAGGGCCCUUCCCAACUCGCCCGCCCGUGGUCUGCCUUGGGAGGGAGGCUGUCUGAUGCCGGCAUUCCCCUUAACAUGGCGCUGACCCGUGGCUGCCAGGGGCCACCCUGCCUCACCUGCCAGCUCCACUGGGAAUGGGGUCAGUCACAACAGAACCGUCCAAGGGUGGACCUGAUGUGGGCCCUGCCAGGGGUGCUUGGCCUCAGCGGGCCACGGGAGACCCAGGGAAACGACUCUAGUGUGAGAUAGUGGUCCCGCCAGUGACCGACAAGCCCAGGUAUCCUUCUUUGUAAGCAAACUUGACAAAUGUGAAUCUACUGAACUAAGUGAUAGGACAGGUUCAUUUUGGAUGAACUUCUCUGCUUGAAGCAGCAGCCGCAUCCUGAGCCUGGGGGCUGCCCUCUCCCCACGUGGGAGCGGUGCAGAACUGUUCAGUGCCUUGAAAGUAACAGAUUUCUGACGCUUGGAAGGAAGUAGGCAGCGCCACCAAAGCAGAAAGAAGGGAGGCAAACUUGGGGGGUGAGAACAGAGGCCCAGGCCUCGUGUUCCCCAUCUCCAACUCUCCAGCAAGGACAGGUCUUUGGCUUGGGACCUUGUCAUUUCCUUGCAAGUCAGGUGAACUAUCCUGUCACAAAAGAUAGAAGGAAACUGCCCUUUGGGGCUUCUUGUCCCUGGAAAGCCAGCACUGGUUUUAUGCUGACUGUGUGUGGGAAGCUGGGACUCUAUCUGACAGCCACCUGUACUAGAACCAUCCCCUUCCUGGACAAACCGCUGGCCCCAGCCUCACAUUCCCCUUGCAAGGAGAGAGGGCUUUAGCAAUGUCCUGGGCCUAGGAUUAUAGCCCAGAGAUGGACACUUCAGGAGACCUGGUCAUUGGUCCAGACUCGGGCCUGGUUUUCCUGGUGAAUUACCUGUGUGGAGAAGCUACCAGGGGCAUGUUUGCCACACUGAAGGGACCAGUGUCCACUAAGCACUUCAGCAUCGCUUCAGCCAGCAUGAUGGAUCUCAUGUUACAGGGCGGGCGGGGCUUUCAGCCCCCAUUUGCAGACUCUUUCAUGUCUUCAUCAGACCACAGUUUCCCCUGUUCAAAUCAGCACCACCUCGGUAGCCCCGCUUUCCUUGCUGUGUGGACUUGAAACAAAUAAAAUGUGUUGCUUCAGUCUGGUA